CGUUGAGUUCACUUACCAGUCGUUGGAGAACCAACUAAGCAGGCAGAGGACGAACCACAAAGUAGGGGUAUAUGGCUUUUGACUGGACAAAGAACGAUGGCAUCACAGACCGAUGAUCUGUAUCCGGAAAUCAUCGACUCCACCAACAGAAGAAAGACAGACGGGUUUGCAAGAUUGUUGAUACAAUUUCUUUCAAUCUACUGGAGAUCGUUCGUGAUCGUACUAUGGCCACUGAUUCUGUUUCCUAUCGUUAUGGUCGAGACUACCGAGGUAAUAGCGAUGCGAUGUCUAUACGUGGUUGGUUUGAUGGCAAUGUUUUGGAUGACCGAGGUGCUUCCCUUACCAAUCACAGGUUUAAUUCCUGUCGUUCUCUAUCCACUGAUGGGUAUAAUGAAUACCAGCGAUACCUGUACCUGCUAUAUGAACGAUACCACGAUGAUGUUUAUCGGUAGCAUGGUGAUUGCGAUCGUUAUUGAAAACUCUGGCCUGCAUAUGCGCAUCGCGCUACUGAUCAUUAAAAUGAUCGGCUGCAGUCAUCGAAGAUUAACACUGGGCUUGUUCUGUGUAACCAUGUUUCUGUCGAUGUGGAUUUCAAAUACCGCUGCCACGACCAUGAUGUUACCCAUUGUCGAAACUGUUCUAUUAGAACUUGAAGCACAAGGUUUGGGUAACAUGUUUAUUCAAGAAGAAAAUAGCUGUGGAGUUGAAGAGGGUGCGGAACUGACAAAGAAACCGACUCAUAUCACGAUGGUUUACUAUCUCGUAACGUCAUACGCUUCCAGUCUCGGAGGCAUUGGCACGUUGGUUGGAACGGGCACCAACUUGACGUUAAAAGGAUUCUUCGAAAAACGAUUCCCAAACAGUUCAGGUAUUAGUCUAACAUCUUGGAUGCUUUAUUCUGUCCCACCGAUGCUUCUGAUGGGCUUCCUCACGUGGCUUUGGCUUCAAGUUAUGUACAUGGGAAUGUUCAGACCAAAUAGCAAAGAUGCACAAGCUAUUGAUAUCGGUUCGCAAGGAGAGAAGGUUGCAGCGACCGUGAUUGAGAAAAAAUACAAAGAACUCGGCCCAAUUACGUGGCACGAAUCCGCUGUUGGUAUUCUUUUCCUUGCAGUUGUACUCCUGUGGUUCUUCAGAAACCCUGGAUUCGUACGGGGUUGGCCAAGUUACCUUACUGAUUUAAACGUGAAAGACUCAACAACAGCUGCUUGUGUUACCAUUCUCUUCUUCGUAUUACCAUCCAAACUUGAUUUCCUUCGAUCGUUUGAUUCGGAUUCGGUUAAUCGUCCGACCAAACCAUCGCCAAGCAUGAUUAGUUGGAAAAUGAUAAAUCAGAAGAUGCAUUGGAGUUUGAUCUUAGUUUUGGGUGGUGGAUUCGCUAUCUCAGCUGGAAGCACCAGUUCCAAGCUUUCCUCCAUUCUAGGAAAUGCUCUUAUAGCUUUACAAUCGAUACAUCCAUUUGCAAUAUUGGUUAUUGUAUGUAUGUUUGUAGAAAUGGUGACAGAACUGACUUCUAAUGUUGCCGUUGCAAACAUUAUUUUGCCUGUUUUGGCAGAAAUGUGUGUCGCUUUACGAAUACAUCCACUAUACUUGAUGAUGCCAGCCUCUCUAUGUUGCUCUUUCUCGUUUCACUUACCAGUAGGUACACCGCCAAAUGCAAUUGCUACUGCAGCUGGUCAUAUAAAAACUAGAGAUAUCGCGCUGGCUGGAAUAGGACCUAGUGUUAUAACACUUCUCGUUACAACAUUUGCAUUUUCCACUUGGGGCACAUACAUCUUUAAUCUGUCCAACUUCCCUGACUGGGCAACUUAAUACAAUAUUUGAGCACUUUAUUGUGGAGUUUACUUCAUGUUUACUCGCUUGUACAAAUGUUAAACACGAGUAUUCGGUAGUCACGAACUAACGUUAUAAAUAACAUUUCACAAAAAUAUCGAAUCUACUAAAGUGACGAAAAACAAUGCUCACAUAACAGUCGAUUGUCCGACUGAAUGUGUCAACUGUUUAAUUUUUGUAACCAUAAAGGACGAGAGUUACAACGAGAAAAUAAACAUGAAAAUCAAACAGAUAAUUUAACUAA